AGCAUUCAUUGGCUGGGCUGGGUCGUCCGGGCGACGAAAAAGGGGAAGGGGUGCGGGGCCUGGCGGGCAAACUGAGGCUACGGACUGUUGGGUGGUUCCGCGGGGCGUUGUCGGGAGAGCUGCGGAGCCGGGUGUCCAGGGUUCACGCCAUACUCCAGGAGGUGCCUGAGCGAGUGAGCUAGCCAGGGAGCCCCGCGGGUUGGGACCAUGGGCUGCUUCUUCUCCAAGAGACGGAAGGCUGACAGGGAGUCGCGGCCCGAGAACCAGGAGGAGCGGCCAAAGCAGUACAGCUGGGAUCAGCGCGAGAAGGUUGAUCCCAAAGACUACAUGUUCAGUGGACUGAAGGAUGAAACAGUAGGUCGCUUACCUGGGACAGUAGCAGGACAACAGUUUCUUAUUCAAGACUGUGAGAACUGUAACAUCUAUAUUUUUGAUCACUCUGCUACAAUUACCAUUGAUGACUGUACUAACUGCAUAAUUUUUCUGGGACCCGUGAAAGGCAGUGUGUUUUUCCGGAAUUGCAGAGAUUGCAAGUGCACAUUAGCCUGCCAACAAUUUCGUGUGCGUGAUUGUAGAAAGCUGGAUGUCUUUUUGUGCUGUGCCACUCAACCCAUCAUUGAGUCAUCCUCAAAUAUCAAAUUUGGCUGUUUUCAAUGGUACUAUCCUGAAUUAGCUUUCCAGUUCAAAGAUGCAGGGCUAAGUAUCUUCAACAAUACAUGGAGUAACAUUCAUGACUUUACACCUGUAUCAGGAGAACUCAACUGGAGCCUUCUUCCAGAAGAUGCUGUGGUUCAGGACUAUGUUCCUGUACCUACUACUGAAGAGCUCAAAGCUGUUCGUGUUUCCACAGAAGCCAAUAGAAGCAUUGUUCCAAUAUCCCGGGGUCAUAGACGGAAGAGCAGUGAUGAAUCAUGCUUAGUGGUAUUAUUUGCUGGUGAUUAUACUAUUGCAAAUGCCAGGAAACUAAUUGACAAGAUGGUUGGUAAAGGCUUUUCUCUAGUUCAGACAAAGGAAGUGUCCAUGAAAGCUGAGGAUGCUCAAAGGGUUUAUCGGGAAAAAGCGGCUGACUUCCUUCCUCUUCUGAACAAAGGUCCGGUUAUUGCUUUGGAGUUUAAUGGAGAUGGUGCUGUAGAAGGAUGUCAACUUAUUAUAAACGACACAUUCAAUGGGACCAAGAUGUUUGUAUCAGAAAGCAAAGAGACGGCAUCUAGAGAUGUGGACAGCUUCUACAACUUCGCUGAUAUACAGAUGGGAAUAUGAAAUGCAAUGUGGAACCAGGACUUGGUAUUAAGCCUUUCCUAACUUGUGAAUAUAGAAUUUGAUAAUAUACUUUUGUGUAUUAGCAAUGGUUUUUACUAAUGCUAAAACUGUUGAAGUUUAUUUUUUAAUAAAUUGUUGAAUAUUACAUCAUUUACUUGAGGUUCAAAAAUAAUUCAUUUUAAAUUAAGUAGUUUUAAUCAGCUUAAAAGCUGUUUAACCCACUUUAAUAAGCUUGCAAUUUUGUUUCUCUGCAUAUGAUAUUCUUAUUAGAAAAUAGAAGUAGCUAACAGUUUAUUAUUUUAAUCCUACAUAAAUGUUCUUUCAAAUCUCUAAUAAGUUAAACCUUCCUCAGUGCUCCAUGAUAUUUUUUUGAGACUACAUUUCAUUGCUUUUUUCAAUUUAGAGGGAUUUGUUACUAGUUGAUCAAUUAGAAUGAACCUAUGCACAUUUUUAUGUACACAUAUGACAGUUAUAUAAAUGCUUCCUCCAUGUGCAAAUGAGAUUUUGCACAUGGAGUUGACAUAAUACUUUGUAAAUUGAAUUUUUUAAAGAAAUAGGCAUUUGAUAACUAGCUUGGCAAGCAACUCUACUAACAGAUGUUGGUAUAGCUAUUUAAAGACUACUUUGUAAGCAGUAUGAUUAUUUGAAUAAAUUCCACAUUGUUUAGUUUUUUUUAAUACAACUGCCAUAUGACUCUUCUGCUUCCUCAUAAGAAAAGGUGUAUGCAAUACUAAAAUUAUGGAAGCCCAAUCACCAGCAGUUUUCAAAAAGCUGAUAACUUAUUAGCUCUCGUGGGCUAUCAAGAGAACUGGAACAAACCUUGUGACUUUUAGGUAAGAAAUAGGCAUGAUGAUAAGCUAUGCAGAUUAUUAAAAAGCUUGAUACAGGCUGGGUGCAGUGGCUCACACCUGUAAUCCUAGCACUGUGGGAGGCUGAGGCAGGUAGAUUGCCUGAGCUCAGGAGUUGGAGACCAGCCUGGGCAACAUGGUGAAACCCCGUCUCUACUAAAAUACAAAAAAAAAAAUUGGCUGGAUGUGGUGACAUACACCUGUAAUCCCAGUUACUUGGGAGGCUGAGGCAGGAGAAUUCCUUAAACUCAGGAGGCCAGGAAGUGGAGGUUGCUGUGAGUUGAGAUUGUGCCAUUGCACUCCAGCCUAGGUGACAGAGCGAGACUCCAUCUCAAAAAAAAAAAAAAAAAAAACCCAAAAGCUUGAUACAUUUGAUUUUUCAUUAGGUAUGCCAUUCAUAUCAAGUAAUGUUCAAGUACAAACUGAUUUUGGUUACUUUAAAGCAUUAUUUCCCAAAUCUACCUGGUUGUAAUAAUUUACCAGGAAGCAGAGGAGAGCUACUUGUUUAAAAAUUCACAUUCUUGGACCCAAUCCUCAGCUGCACAGAUUCAGUCUUCAGGGGAAACUCUUUUAAGUGGUAUGUUGUAAUCUAAAGUAAUUGGUUCAAGAGGUGUUGAUAGGUUGAUCUUAUGAGAAGGCACUGAAUCUGCCAUCCACAUCACAUAUAGCAGCUAUUAGGAAAUCAGCUUUCAUAGGCCUAUUUUUUUAUUGCAUUUUAGGUUUUGGGGUACAUGUGAAGAACAUGCAAGAUUGUUGCAUAGGUACACACAUGGCAGUGUAAUUUGCUGCCUUCCUCCCUAUCACAUAUAUCUGGCAUUUCUCCCCAUGCUGUCUCUCCCCAACUCCCUAGCCCGCACUGUCCCUCCCCUAUUUCCCCCUGACAGACCCCAGUGUGUGAUGCUCCCCUCCCUGUGUCCAUGUGUUCUCAUUGUUCAACACCCACCUAUGAGUGAGAACAUGUGGUGUUUGAUUUUCUGUUCUUGUGUCACUUUGCUGAGAAUGAUGGUUUCCAGGUUCAUCCAUGCCCCUACAAAGGACACUAACUCGUCAUUUUUUAUGGCUGCAUAGUAUUCCAUGGUGUAUAUGUGCCACAUUUUCCCUGUCCAAUCUAUCAUUGAUGGGCAUUUGGGUUGGUUCCAAGUCUUUGCUAUUGUAAGCGGUGCUGCAAUGAACAUUCCUGUGCAUGUGUCCUUAUAGUAGAACGAUUUAUAAUCCUUUGGUUAUAUACCUAGUAAUGGGAUUGCUGGGUCAAAUGGAAUUUCUAUUUCUAGGUCCUUGAGGAAUUGCCACACUGUCUUCCACAAUGGUCGAACUAAUUUACACUCCCACCAACAGUGUAAAAGUGUUCCUAUUUCUCCACAUUCUCUCCAGCAUCUGUUGCUCCAGAUUUUUUUUUUUUUUUUUUUUGAGACGGAGUUUUGCUCUUGUUACCCGGGCUGGAGUGCAAUGGCGCGACCUUGGCUCACUGCAACCUCCGCCUCCUGGGUUCAGGCAAUUCUCCUGCCUAAGCCUCCUAAGUAGGGGGGAUUACAGGCACACACCACCAUGCCCAGCUAAUUUUUUGUAUUUUUAGUAGAGACAGGGUUUCACCAUGUUGACCAAGAUGGUCUUGAUAUCUUGACUUCGUGAACCCCCGCCUUGGCCUCGUGAGCCACUGUGCCUGGCCAAGAUUUUUUUUUUUUUUGAGACGGAGUUUCGCUCUUGUUACCCAGGCUGGAGUGCAAUGGCACGAUCUUGGCUCACCGCAACCUCCGCCUCCUAGGUUCAAGCAAUUCUCUUUAGCCUCCCGAGUAGCUGGGACUACAGGCGCGCGCCACGAUGCCCAGCUAAUUUUUGUAUUUGUAGUAGAGACGGGGUUUCACCAUGUUGACCAGGAUGGUCUCAAUCUCUUGACCUCGUGAUCCACCCGCCUUGGCCUCCCAAAGUGCUGGGAUUAUAGGUGUGAGCCACCGCGCCCAGCCGUCUCCAGAUUUUUUAAUGAUCUCCAUUCUAACUGGCGUGAGAUAGUAUCUCAAUGUAGUUUUGAUUUGCAUGUCUCUAAUGAUCAGUGAUGAUAAGCAUUUUUUCAUAUGUUUGUUGGCCUCAUAUAUGUCUUCUUUUGUAAAGUGUCUGUUCAUGUCCUUCACCCACUUUUGAAUGGGCUUUUUUCUUGUAAAUCUGUUUUAGUUCUUUGUAGAUUCUGGAUAUUAGCCCUUUGUCAGAUGGGUAGAUUGCAAAAAUUUUUUCCCAUUCUGUUAGUUGCCAGUUCACUCUAAUGACUUUCUUUUGCUGUGCAGAAGCUGUGGAGUUUGAUUAGGUCCCAUUUGUCUAUUUUGGCUUCUGUUGCCAAUGCUUUUGGUGUUUCGGUCAUGAAGUCCUUGCCUAUGCCUAUGUCCUGAAUGGUUUUGCCUAGAUUUUCUUCUAGGGUUUUUAUGGUGUUAGGUCUUAUGUUCAAGUCUUUAAUCCAUCUGGAGUUAAUUUUAGUGUAAGAUGUCAGGAAGGGGUCCAGUUUCUGCUUUCUGCACAUGGCUAGCCAGUUUUCUCAGCACCAUUUAUUAAACAGGGAAUCCUUUCCCUCAUAGGCCUAUUUUUUAAAGGAAUCUGAAAUUUAAUUCUGUUUUGAUAAAACUAAGACUGAAAAUAACCACUUGUAAACAUUCCUAUGAUUGUUAUUAAAAAUGUAUUUUUAUGUUUAAAAUGUUUUUGGAUACUUUUGAGUUAAUUAAUAACUACUACAUUGAAUUGCAUGUUAAGGUGCAGAAAUAAUAUAUUAAAAGAUUGUCACUUUAUCAGUAAUAUUGAGCACUCACCCUGUGCCUGGCCUUGUGCUAACCAUUAGCACUGCAACAUUUCAAUUCUUUUAUAAAGGCAUUCAAUAUUACAAAAUCAGUGAUUUUAUAAGGUGCAAAUUAAAGUUGGCAACAGGUUUAAUAUAAUUUUGAUCACAGUUUUCAAAUGAUCUUUGCAAAUAGUGGUCAGAGGGCAUUAGUUUUUCCUUUAGUUAAGCUAAAUUAAAGGGACAACAUCCUGUUAUAAUUGUAUUAUUAAACAUCAUUAUUAUUUAAAAUGAUACUUUUUGUUUUUCAAAAAUAAAAUGCAAUGUUAUGCAAAGCUAUGAACUGAGUUCUUUAUGAUAUUUGAGCAACAACUCAGAAAUAUAACAUAUAAGGGAGACAUUAAUUUAAAAUUUUCCACUAAACUUAGUAUCUAUUAACCAAAGCUUAAAAUUUUAUAUUCUUCAGUUAGAUAAGACCUUUUACCCAUUUAAUUUGUCUUUAAGGACAGUCAUUUGGCUUCUGAAUGUUUGAAACGAUUUUAAAAAUAAGUAGUGCUAUGGUGGUUGUUUCCAUAAUUCUAAACUUUGAUAGUAAUCAGAAUAUAUUACAUUUCAUUCCUGAAUAGCUUUUGAACUUAUGAAAAAUUACUAGCAAUGAAAAAUUGGUAACUUAUUGUUAUAUGUGUUUAAACAUUAGCUUAUUUCUCUUGCAUUAAUAGUACUGCUGUUUUUGUUUUGCUUCUGUAUAUUUAUGUCUAGCUUUUGUAUGUAAUUUAUCUAGUGUUUAUAAAAUGUGAUUUAUAAUAAAUGUUAAAAUGAAAA